UCAGAUUCAGGUGCGACUGUGCGAGAGCCGACCGAGGAAAGGAAGCGGAGGAACGGGAGAAGAGCAAUGGGCCGUUAUUAAUCGCACUACAUCAUAACUGUAAUGGCUGGGAAGAAAAUGAUUGCUAUUUGCCAAUCGAGUGGUGAGUUUGUUACCAAUAAAGAUGGUUCCUUGUCAUACACGGGGGGAGAUGCCCAUGCUAUUGAUAUUGAUCAGGAAACGCGGUUUAAUGAAUUCAAAUUGGAGAUAGCUGAAAUGUGGAGCUGUAGCAUUGAUUCCAUGUCUAUCAAGUACUUCCUCCCGGGAAACAGGAAAACUCUCAUUACUCUCUCCAAUGACAAAGAUCUGAAGCGCAUGAUCAAUUUCCAUCGGGACUCUGUCACAGUGGAUGUCUACAUCUUUACAGGAAAUAAUGUUGCCCGUGAUGUCUCGAACAUGCCUGCCAGUAGGUCAAGCAGGACCACCUUCUCUGAAGCAGUGGUUAUGGCAGAUGCUCCUGUUGAUGCCCCACAUAUCACGUCCGCAUAUGAACCAAAUGAUAAUGCUUCUGUUGCUGAUGAUGCCUCUAUCGACAUACCUAUUGUUACCCCUCCUGCUAUUCCUAUUCUCUCUAACUACAAAGAUGGAAAGAAUCAUAAAGCUCCAAAAUCAUGGGAAGAUGCUAUAACUGGUGUGGACCAGCGAUUUAGUAAUGUUCAAGAAUUUCGUGAUGCCUUGCAUAAAUAUUCUAUUGCUCAUGGGUUUGCCUACAGAUUUAAGAAAAAUGAUCCUCAUCGUGUAACUGUCACAUGCAAAUCAGAAGGUUGUCCAUGGCGGAUACAUGCAUCAAGGCUGUCAACGACCCAGUUAUUUUGUAUUAAAAGAAUGACCCCAACACACACAUGUGAAGGAGGGGUUGUGACUGCUGGAUAUCGGGCAACAAGAAGCUGGGUGGCGAGUAUCAUAAAGGAGAAGCUGAAAGAAUCCCCAAAUUACAAGCCCAAGGACAUUGCUGAUGACAUUCGAAGCGAAUAUGGGAUUCAACUGAAUUAUUCUCAGGCGUGGCGUGGAAAGGAGAUUGCAAGGGAACAGCUUCAGGGUUCAUACAAGGAUGCUUACAAUCAGUUGCCAUUCUUUUGUGAGAAGAUAAGGGAGACAAAUCCUGGUAGUUUUGCUACAUUCACAACCAAGGAGGACUCAAGCUUUCAUCGCCUCUUUGUUUCAUUCCAUGCCUCUUUGUCUGGUUUCCAACAGGGGUGCCGCCCUCUCCUUUUCCUUGACAGCACACCUUUGAAUUCAAAAUACCAAGGGACUUUGUUGGCCGCAACAGCAAUGGAUGGAAAUGAUGGUGUUUUUCCAGUUGCGUUUGCGGUUGUAGAUGUUGAGACUCAUGAUAAUUGGCGUUGGUUCCUACUAGAAUUAAAAUCUGCUGUUACAACAUCUCGAUCUAUAACGUUUGUAGCAGAUAGACAGAAAGGGUUAAAGGAAUCCUUAGCUGAGAUAUUUGAGAAUGCAUACCAUGGUUAUUGUCUUCGUUACCUUUCUGAGAAGUUUAAGAGGGACUUAAGGGGGCAGUUUUCUCACGAAGUGAUGCGUCUCAUAGUUGCAGAUUUUUAUGCUACUGCGUAUGCGCCCAGACUCGAAGGAUUUCAGAAAUGCUCUGAGAGCAUCAAAAGUAUUUCACUGGAAGCUUACAAUUGGGUUAUACAGAGUGAGCCUGAACAUUGGGCGAAUGCAUUCUUUGGUGGUGCACGGUAUAACCACAUGGCGGCAAACUUCGGAGAAAUGUUCUACAGCUGGGUUUCAGAGGCAAAUGAUUUACCAAUAACACAAAUGGUGGAUGUGAUACGUGGUAAGAUGAUGGAGUUAAUUUACACACGUAGGGUGGAAUCCAAUCAAUGGUUGACAAGGUUAACUCCAUCAAUGGAGGAAAAACUACAAAAAGAGACAUUGAAAGCACGUUCCCUUGAAGUGCUUUUCUCACCUGGUAGCACAUUUGAAGUUCGUGGUGAUUCCAUAGAAGCUGUUGAUAUUGAUCAUUGGGACUGUAGUUGCAAAGGAUGGCAAAUUACAGGUUUGCCAUGCGCCCAUGCUAUUGCUGUUUUUGAAUUCAUUGGUCGGAGUCCAUAUGAUUAUUGCUCUCGAUUUUUCACUACUGAAAGUUACCGACAAACUCAUUCAGAGUCUAUACACCCAGUUCCAAACAUAGACAGGCUCAUACUGAAAGAAUCAGCUCAGACUGUGACAGUAACACCUCCUCCCACUCGUCGUCCUCCAGGUCGACCAAAGAAUAAGCAGACCGGAUUGCAGGUGGUAGCUAAACGACAACUCCAGUGUAGUAGAUGCAAGGUUAUUGGGCAUAAUAAAACAACAUGCAAGGAGCUCUUGUAGGACUGCUGGACUUUGUAAGUAUUUAUAUUGUUAGGACUUUGCUGUUGUCGAUUUGUGUUAGCUUUGUGCAUAGCAAUCAUCAUUUUACAUGACAGAGGCCAGUUAUAAUGCAAGCUAACUUAUUCUGUACUUCCUUAAGGGAUUGUACAUGCAUAUUAAUAUGUAGUGACUUCUGUACUUGCAAUCCAAGGUGUCUACAGAUUUCUGUU